CCUCCCAUUACUUUAGGCCUUAAUAGCUUCGGUACCUAACCUUCUGCUCCGACCCUCGUUUAUGAUCCGUUACUCCUUCGCUCCGCAAACCGUUAACCUGGCUUCUUCUUUCCUCUGUUUUUCACACACAAAGGGAGUGUGAGAGAGAGAGCGAGAGAGAGAUUAGCUCCGAAGCAAUCAUGCUUUCGGCAAAAUCUGAGUCUGAUAUCACUAGCUUAGCUCCGUCGUCACCUUCAAGGUCUCCGAAGCGGCCUGUAUACUACGUACAGAGCCCUUCAAGGGACUCCCACGAUGGCGACAAGUCCUCUUCUAUGCAGGCCACUCCAAUCUACAACAACAGCCCAAUGGAGUCCCCUUCUCACCCGUCUUUCGGGCGCCACUCGAGGAACUCCUCGGCCAGCCGGUUCUCGGGGAUUUUCCGGUCGUCUUCCGGGAGAAAAGGAAACCGGAAGAGGAACGACAAGGGGUGGCCUGAGUGUAAUGUGAUCUUGGAAGAAGGUUCGUAUGAUGACCUUGAGGACAAGGCGUUUACAAGGCGCUGUCAGGCUUUUCUGGCGUUGUUAAGUUUUGCGUUAUUGUUCACUACCUUUUGCUUGAUUAUAUGGGGUGCUAGCCGCCCUUACAAGGCUGAAAUUUCCAUGAAGAGCUUGGCAAUAAAUAACUUGUAUCUUGGAGAGGGUUCAGACUCAUCUGGGGUUCCAACAAAGAUGCUGACAGUGAAUGGCUCACUGAAGAUGAACAUAUACAAUCCUGCUCCAUUGUUUGGGAUUCAUGUUAGCUCCACCCCUGUCAAUCUCAUCUAUUCAGAGAUUUCUGUUGCAAGUGGUCAGUUGAAGAAAUAUUAUCAGCCAAGAAAGAGUCACCGCACUGUCUCAGUGAACUUGGAAGGCAAUAAGGUUCCCCUCUAUGGGGCUGGAUCCAGUAUAACAGUAUCCCCAAAUGGUGGGAAAGUUCCGCUGACAUUGAAAUUCCAAAUCCGGUCUCGAGGGGAUGUGGUUGGGAAGCUCGUGAGAGUAAAGCACCGAAGGCAAAUCUCUUGCCCUCUGGUCAUCGAUUCCAGUAGCACAAAACCCAUCAAGUUCAAACGGAACUCGUGCACAUAUGAAUGAUGCCAUUUUCAUUUGUUUGCAUCCCAUACUCAAAGCUAGCCUGGUUGAGCUACUGAUUUGUAUGUGCAGGGAAGAAGGAAAAUCUGUACCAUGGGAAAUCUGGUGAGAGGUUAAUCUGUUGUUUGCUCUUGUGAGGAUUUUGCAAAUAAAUGUAUUUGUAAAUGAGUGCCAAUAUGCGUGUGGUGUAAGCAAUGUUUUUAUGGAAUGGGUGUUAGUUUUUAAGGACAGAAAACAUGGUUGGAAGAAUAA